AUGAACAGGAUAUCUCAGUUGCUUGUCUCGCGAUUCUCAUUGGCUCGCCGUAGUCAUCGCUGCUACCGCUUCGUUCCCAGUAAACCCGUGUGGCGCUGGCAUGACGAUAGGAGUCCGUGCUCGGAUAGCUCCGUCUUCUCAAUCCCACCCGAGGAAAUUCCCCCACGCAUCAAACUGGACGACCAGACUCUGAAACUGCUCGAACGACUGAGUUUAGUCAACUUUAAUAAAGAGAUGUUCAACACCUUUAAGUUUGUAAUUCUGCUUUCUGUUCCUUCUCGCCCACCUCAGACAACAAAAGCAAUCGUGGAAGAGGCCAUCCACUUUGCUGACUGCCUCCUUACUCCAACGGCCUUCAGAAAUGGGAAUACCAGAGCAACAGUGCAGCCGAUGUUCAGUCUACUCGGUGAGGAGGGCUGGGAGCCGGUGGAGAACAUGGAAGAGGAGGAAAAGGAGGAUAUUGAUUCAAUUUCCAUCACUGCUACUCACAUCCUCCGCCAUGCCCCAGUUGCUUGGGAGAACUACUUUGUUGCACCCCCCGGUAAUCGUCCCAUCCAUCCCGAACUGAAUGUGAGGGCAGAAUCAUCAAACGAUUAA